AAUUGAGGUUACAGAUGGCAAUGGAGGUAAGGGACAGUCUGGAGAUCGCCCACACGGCAGAGUACUUGAAUUUCCUUAAAUGCUACUUCCGCGCUUUCUCUCUGAUUCUCUUACAAAUCACGAAACCUCAGUUCCAAGACAAUCCUGAGCACAAGUUAAGAAACAUUGUUGUGGAGAUCCUCAAUCGGCUUCCUCACAGUGAAGUUCUUCGCCCUUUUGUUCAGGAUCUCUUGAAGGUCGCAAUGCAAGUAUUAACCACUGAUAAUGAAGAAAAUGGAUUGAUUUGUAUUCGUAUUAUAUUUGAUCUGCUCCGGAAUUUUAGGCCUACAUUGGAAAAUGAAGUUCAGCCAUUCUUAGAUUUUGUAUGCAAAAUCUACCAGAACUUUAGAUUGACAGUUAGCCACUUUUUUGAGAGUGGAGCGGCUGGUGUAGAGGAUGUAAAGCCUGUGAAUACUUCUACUUCUUCUGACCAAGGGAUUACUGGUACUGGGUACACUGGGCCUGUCCAGCUUAAUCCAAGUAGUAGGUCAUUCAAGAUAAUAACAGAGAGUCCACUUGUAGUCAUGUUCUUAUUUCAGCUGUAUAGUCGUCUUGUUCAAACCAAUAUUCCUCACCUGUUGCCUUUAAUGGUUGCCGCUAUAUCUGUCCCGGGUCCUGAAAAGGUUCCUCCCCAUUUGAAGUCUCAUUUUAUUGAGCUUAAAGGUGCGCAAGUUAAGACAGUUUCUUUUUUAACUUAUCUCUUGAAGAGUUUUGCUGAUUAUAUCAAGCCUCAUGAAGAAAGCAUAUGUAAAAGCAUCGUAAAUUUGCUUGUCACAUGUUCAGACUCCGUGUCUAUCAGAAAGGAAUUGUUAGUAGCAUUAAAACAUGUUCUGGGGACAGAUUUUAAGAGGGGUUUAUUUCCGCUGAUUGACACACUAUUGGAAGAGAGGGUUCUUGUUGGAACUGGGCGCGCAGUUUUGAGACAUUAAGGCCACUGGCUUAUAGUCUACUGGCAGAGAUUGUUCACCAUGUUCGGGGAGACCUCACGUUAUCACAGCUAUCGCGGAUAAUUUA